AUGAUCCCUCCAUUUUCUUUCGCAUCGUGGGUAGCGGAGAAUGAGGAUAAACUCCGUCCCCCGGUCAACAAUUACUGCCUCUACUCCGGCGAGGAUUUUACUCUGAUGGUUGUCGGGGGACCCAAUGCUCGAAACGACUACCAUGUCAACCAAACCGAAGAAUGGUUCUACCAGGUCAGAGGCGACAUGCUGCUGCAUAUCAUCGAGAAUAAUACAACUUUUCGCGAGAUAUCUAUCAAGGAGGGAGAAAUGUUCUUACUUCCUGGGAACACGCCGCACAACCCAGUUCGAUUCACGGACACGAUCGGCCUAGUCAUGGAACGCAAGCGGCCAGAAGAUACCUUAGAUCGUCUACGAUGGUACUGUAGAAAGGGACAGCAUGAGGAACCAACAAUCAUACGCGAGGAAGUCUUCCACUGUGCUGAUCUGGGCACGCAAUUGAAGCCAUUGAUUGAGAGAUGGCAGACGGAUGAGGAGAGUCGGCGAUGUGGGGCCUGUGGAGCGAUCGCGGAUCCGAAAUAG